CACCAGACGUCACACGUCGCCCCACCCACAUAUUUCUGUAAACCACCUUGCGUAUGGAAGUAUGGCGGCACCAGCGACACUACUACUACUACUCGGCCAAAGUUUUACUGCUGGGAUUUUCACGUGAGAGCGAUGAAUAAGUACGCGAACCGAGGGGUCGGCAACGAAGAGCUCGGACACCGUGAACAGGGGGACGUGCUUGCGGAGAGAGUCGUCGGUCUGUGGCCGGCUGAGUUUCCUCGGUUUCUCUUCACCUCCUUGAUUGAAGUGCCUUUAGUCCGGGUACCACAGGGGAAGAAACUCCGCAAGACGGGAAGAGUGGACACGGAAGUUUGAAACAAACUUUUGUUUUUGUUUUUUUUUUGGAAAGACUACUUGCACAGCAUUGAGUUGUUGUGAGCGGAGAUGUUUUUUGGAGACGUUUAAGUGCACUUGUCCGACGUUUAAAGCCCCGCGAGGUCCCAACUGUUGAACGCUCGAUGUGCAGUUAAGGGUCUCGCGCUGCAUACCACCAGCUAACGUUAGUUAGCCUCCAUGGCUACCUUCAACAUUAGCUUGAUCGCGAGCUAACCAACAAUAUAAAUGUUUCUGUGGCCGUGUCACUUUUUGAAAUGCCUUUCUUCCAUCUCUGAAGCACCCAGGCUCCAUUAAUGCACAAUAAACAGAGACAUACUGGAAUAAAUCUGCCUAGGUGACCCGCAUCACCCAAACUCUAGGAGAGGACAGACUGAGUCGGGGAAAGGGGUCCCCGCCUUCUCCCGAUCCUCUCCCUGCUUGGUGGCCCACUGUCGGACGACACGGUGAGCAACUAAGUCCAGCUUGGAGAGUCCCGGCUGCGGCCUGGCACCCUGCCCUUAUGGGGCAGCAGCCGGGGAAGUUUGUAGGGGACCAGAGGAGACCCAGUCUGCCGGCCUUCAUCAAGGGUGGGAAGAGAGAGUCGUCACGCCAUGGGACGCAGCCUUGUAACGUUUUUGCUGUGCACGAAGCUCUCCAGAGACCAGACUUUGAGAGUCAGGGUCUGACAGAAGCGGCCCGCUGGAACUCCAAAGAGAACCUGUUGGCUGGACCCAGCGAGAAUGACCCCAACCUGUUUGUCGCACUCUAUGAUUUUGUUGCCAGUGGUGACAACACACUCAGCAUCACUAAAGGAGAGAAACUGCGUGUGCUGGGAUACAACCACAACGGCGAGUGGUGCGAGGCGCAGACCAAGAAUGGCCAGGGUUGGGUGCCGUCCAACUACAUCACCCCCGUCAACAGCCUGGAGAAGCACAGCUGGUACCAUGGACCCGUGUCACGCAACGCGGCCGAGUACCUGCUCAGCUCGGGAAUCAACGGGAGCUUUCUGGUCCGCGAGAGUGAGAGCAGCCCCGGCCAGAGGUCUAUUUCUCUGCGGUACGAGGGGAGAGUCUACCAUUACAGGAUUAACACUGCGUCUGACGGCAAGAAUCUCUUUCUCCUUCAGCUGUACGUCUCGUCAGAAAGCCGUUUCAACACACUGGCAGAGCUGGUGCACCACCAUUCCACGGUGGCCGACGGCCUCAUCACCACGCUGCACUACCCGGCACCGAAGCGCAAUAAGCCCACCAUCUAUGGAGUUUCUCCCAACUAUGACAAGUGGGAGAUGGAGCGCACUGACAUUACCAUGAAGCACAAGCUGGGAGGAGGCCAGUAUGGGGAAGUGUAUGAGGGUGUUUGGAAGAAGUACAACCUCACUGUGGCUGUAAAGACACUAAAGGAGGAUACGAUGGAAGUGGAGGAGUUCCUCAAGGAGGCCGCUGUCAUGAAAGAGAUUAAACACCCUAAUUUGGUACAACUGUUAGGUGUGUGCACGCGGGAGCCACCGUUUUACAUUAUCACAGAGUUCAUGACCCACGGUAACCUACUAGACUACCUGAGGGAGUGUAACAGAGAGGAGGUCAAUGCGGUGGUGCUGCUCCACAUGGCCACGCAGAUAUCCUCUGCCAUGGAGUACCUGGAGAAAAAAAACUUUAUACACAGGGACCUGGCUGCUCGAAACUGUCUGGUUGGGGAGAACCACCUGGUAAAAGUCGCAGACUUCGGCCUAAGCAGGCUAAUGACUGGCGACACAUACACAGCUCAUGCUGGGGCCAAGUUCCCCAUUAAGUGGACUGCUCCAGAGAGUCUGGCCUACAACAAGUUCUCUAUUAAGUCUGAUGUCUGGGCAUUUGGUGUGCUGCUGUGGGAGAUCGCCACCUACGGCAUGUCCCCCUACCCUGGCAUUGACUUGUCCCAAGUGUACGAGCUGCUGGAGAAAGACUACCGUAUGGACCGACCGGAAGGCUGCCCUGAGAAGGUCUACGAACUCAUGACAGCCUGUUGGAGAUGGAACCCUUCAGAACGUCCAUCCUUUGCUGAAACACACCAAGCCUUUGAGACCAUGUUCCAGGAGUCCAGCAUCUCUGAUGAGGUGGAAAAGGAAUUGGGCAAGAAAGGGAAGAAGGCGACGUUAGGCCCCCUCCAGCAAGCUCCAGAGCUGCCCACCAAAACCAGAACUCUCCGUAAAAACGCGGACAACCGGGAUGGAGAUAGUCCAGACCCAGUGGAGCCAGAAGCAGCUGUGUCGUCACCCAUGCUCCCCAGGAAAGAGCGCACCCUACUGGACAGUAAUCUGAAUGAGGAUGACCGCUUGCUACCCAAAGACAAGGACAAGACACGUGGCAGUGGCUUUCUCAGUCUCAUCAAGAAAAAGAAAAAGAAUGCACCGGCUCCGCCCAAACGCAGCUCCUCAUUCAGAGAGACGGAUAUCCACCCUGACAGGAGGGGCGUGACUCCAGAUCCUCGAGACAGUGAUAGCUUCAACAAUGGUGCAUCUUUGGCCAUUAAUGAUGUCACACAUGGCCUUGACUCUGCAAAGUUCCUGGGUACUAACAACAAUGGGGCGGGUGGCAUCACCAACGGGGCUCCUACCUACCCAGGGCCUUUGUUUCCCAGGAAGAAAGGAGCUCCUGCGGUGCCCGGACCUGGAGGAAAAGCAGCUACAACACCACCUAGUGAGGAGGAAUCCAUGUCUAACUCGAAGCGUUUCCUCUGGUCCUCUAGCAUUCCCAGCGGCUCAGAUGGCACUGAAUGGAAGUCUGUCACACUGCCACGAGACCCUGCCCAGCGCCACUUUGACUCAGGCACCUUCGGGGGCAAGCCAGCUCUGCCACGGAAGAGAACCAGUGAGCAAAAAGGGGAGAAUGCCCCACGAAUGGGCACCUUAACUCCCCCCCCACGUCUGAACACCUCAUCAGAUGUUUCAACUGCCUUCUUAGGCAAAGAGACUGAUCCCAGUCCCGGCUCCAGUCCCCAGGCAUUGACACCUAAGGUGGUCAGGAGACCAGGGGCGCAGGGGCUGGAGAACUCCAAGACCAGUGCUCUCCAUGCUGAGCUUCUCAAGCCCAAUGUGUUUCCUGCUUUAGGGGCAGCUGGAGAAGAGUGCAGGGCCCGCAGACACAAGCACGGUGUGGACUCUUCAUCUGUCAGGGAUAGAGGAAAGUUACAGAAACCCAAGCCAGCCCCACCUCCACCACCUACCAAUGCCAAAACUGGCAAGAUUUCCCGCAGCCCUACUCAAGAACUCCCCUCCCCUUCAUCCACCACCUCAGACAUCAAAGCUAAGGGCCUCCCCUCUGUCUCAGAGCCCCACCACACAACCACUGCCAGUGACCAAGCCCGCUCACCCCUUGGUGAGGGCUCCAAGAAGCUGCCCCUGGGCUCCACCUCCAAACCUCAACCGUUAAAGACCUCCACCUCUGCCACUUCAGUGACCACCUCCCUCUCCAGCCAGAGCCUAGGAGGCUUCUCUUCCUCCAGUGAUCAGAGCUCCCCCACUGCUUUCAUCCCCCUAGUGAACACACGACGCUCCCUCCGCAAGACUGCACCCCGCCAGGCUUCCGAGCGCACCCCCAACUCAGCCGUGACGCGCGAGAUGGUGCUCGAAGGCACGGAGCUUCUCCGCGCAGCCAUUUGCCGCAACUCGGAGCAGACGGGUAGCCACAGCGCUGUGCUGGAGGCCGGCAAGAACCUGUCGAAGUACUGCAUGAGCUACGUCGACUCCAUACAGCAGAUGAGGAACAAGUUUGCCUUCCGCGAGGCCAUCAACAAGCUUGAGAACAGUCUGCGCGAGCUACAAAUCUGCCCCACCGCCACAGGGGGUGCCAACGCACAGCAGGACUUCAGCAAACUGCUGUCCUCUGUCAAAGAGAUCAGUGACAUUGUUCAGAGGUAGCGCCAUAAAAUCUUAAAACUACCAAGAUAUAAAACUGAUAUGAACACUACCCUUUUUUUUUUUCUGAGCAUGCGCAUGGUUCAUCCUGAGCUCAUGUUGGAGAUCGAAGGGUAAAGCCUGCGGGAGUGCAGCAUCAAAGUGUAGGUUUCACACUAGAGUACGCUUAAGCCUGUGGUUAUUGUGGAUGGAAACAAAGGAAUCUUUCUGUAGACGUCGUCAGACAAGAGUUUGCAAUAUUGAAAAGCCUUAACCAUGAAUGAACAGCGUCUUUUGGCCUUUUAAUGAGAGGCCCAAAUCCUAAUCAACAUGACUUUUCACCAAUCAUUUUUGAAAUGAUCAUGUCUUACAUAUUCUCGUUGUGUUUUCCCCCUUUAUCGAUGACACUAGUAGAGAAAAAAAAAAAGGCCAUUUGUUUCCAAACACUGUUAGUGUUUUAUUUUUCAUCCAUGCCGAUGACAAUGAGCAAAAAACAAAACGCCUAACCUCAUCUUGUUCCAGGAUGCCUUCUAACUAUUUUAACAACUGAUUUUUCAUUUUCAUGUUCAUGUCCAGUGUGUUCAUGUUCACCUGUAAGAAUUAAGGAGCCGUGGAGUGUUUAUAACCCGAUGUCCAACACAUCCCCAAGAGUUUCCAUUGCUUUGUACCAUGUCAUCAGUGAUUGGUUGUGUGCCGAGUGAUAAGAAAUGUGUCAGUGUUUUGUUCUGUAUGAAUGCUUUUUUUUUUUUUUUUUUUGCAGUAUUUGCAACCAUGUGCCAUAAGAUAAUAAUGGGAGCAAGCAAAUGAGGCAGAAUGAGCUUCUGGCCUUCACCUUUUUUGCUUCACUGCACACUUUGUUAACUAGUGCCUUAAACACUACUGGCAGAGUUGUUUAAGACUUGCCACUUUACAAGUGCAGAAAUGUGGUUAGGAAUAGCUGUGUUGAUGUGUUUAUUGGAUUUAAAUGUUUGAUUGCCAUACCAAAAACCUUUGUCUCCAGUCUGUGCUGGAGAGGGACCAGGGUGCACGAUCUGCAACUCAGUGGAUCGAACUGUUGUUUUACAUUGUUGUCCUCUAGACUGGACUGUUUUUUUGUUUUUUUAAAUAAGUUUGAUUCAACUUUCUCUACAUGCCAGUCACAAAAGCCAUCAGUAGCAGCUCGGCCUUGCAGCAGCAUUUAUCUGUAAAGAGGGAUCACAGACUGAAACAGCGUUUCUCUGACCACUCAAGGGCCUCUUUGCCUGAAAGAAUAUUAGCUUUGAUGGAGGGUUUAUGUCAUGUGGUCUAAAUGCUGUUUCAGAGGCUUUUCCACCCCAGCAAAAAAAGAAAAAAAAAGAAAGAAAUAUAUCCUGGGGGAAACACUGGACUGAAAUGUAAUGCAUUUGUCACUUGCUGUAAUGUAUAAGUGAGAAACUGAUCCAUUAUAGACUAAAAUAACCCAUGAAAUUCCACUCUAACAUCAUACGUUCCUUUAUAUGCUUUGUCCACAACUCUUGGACAUUUUCAGUAUUUGUGCUGUAGUCGUCUCACCCCAUGUGCCCUGUCUGACUGCGAUGCCUGAGGACACAAGUCAACCGCAAGCUGCCUUGACUUCAACAUGGUACUGUCAAUGUAGGCUUUUUUUUUUUUUUUAAUUAUUCCUCCCUCUUUACCAACCAUACCACUACUCUACUUUUGUGACUAAGCCUCCUCACCAAUUUUGUAGACAAACUUUUCUUUUCUUUGUAAAUAUGUCUUUUUCUUAUUUGUUUCAUCCUCUAGCCUUGGUGCAAUUUUUGUUGCAAUAAAAUACAAAGCAAUUGUGCUACUUGAAA